UGCUCACUCGCUCUUUCUCAUCUGCUGACUGAGGUAUUCCUGUGCACACACUGGUGCAGCUCACAAUUACAGCCUUAUGGGACUCUCCUCUUGUUUGAGUGCAUAAAUUUACCCUCUUUGGAUUCCGCUGCCUGGAAACUGUCUUUGCAUCCGCCUGUAAAACCCCCCCAAAAAACUCUGGAUUCGUGGGGUUCCGAGCGGAAUCAUGGACCAGAGUGCAGCAGGGGAAGAUAAGAGAAACUGGGUCAUGAGCGGGCUCCCCUGAAUGAUGCCCGCUUGCAUGUGGAGGAAUGGGGUGCACCACCAGCGCCGUUGUUUUUGACGGGCUGCGAACUGUCUUGGAGAGGAAUUGCAGCGGCUACAUCUGCAAGGAAGCUGCCGAGCCUGCCGGGCCAUCUGAGGCUGAGAGGGCGCUGAGUCGGAGAGAGUCUCGUGUCAUACCAACACCUAGAAUACUUAAGGUAAAACCAAAGGUGAUUGAGCCGCUCGAUUAUGAAAAUGUGCUGGUGCAAAGAAAGACGCAAAUCCUCAGCGAUGUUCUCCGUGACAUGCUGCAGUUCCCCCUGGAGGACUUUGAGAUUUCAACUUUGAGGCGCCAAGGGAGAACUCUGUACCCCACAGUGCCUGAAAAUGCUGAGAGGGAGGCCCAGAGCCUGUUUGUCCAAGAGUGCAUUAAGACCUACAAGUCUGACUGGCAUGUGGUCAACUACAAGUACGAGGAUUAUUCUGGGGAUUUUCGACAGCUUCCAAACAAAGUACCCCGGCCUGAAAAACUGGCGGUUCAUGUGUUCGAAGUGGAUGAAGAUGUUGAUAAAGAGGAGGACACUGCCUCCUUAGGAUCCCAGAAAGGGGGCAUUUCCAAACAUGGCUGGCUGUAUAAAGGGAACAUGAACAGUGCAAUCAGUGUCACCAUGAGGUCGUUCAAGAGGAGGUAUUUCCACCUUACGCAGCUUGGGGAUGGCUCGUACAAUCUAAACUUCUACAAAGACGAGAAGAUCUCCAAAGAGCCAAAAGGAACCAUUUUCCUGGAUUCCUGCAUGGGUGUGGUUCAGAACAACAAAGUUCGGAGGUUUGCUUUUGAGCUGAAGAUGCAGGAUAAGAGCACGUACCUGCUGGCUGCAGAAAGCGAAGCAGAGAUGGAGGACUGGAUCAACAUGCUCAACAAGAUCCUCCACAGCAGCUUUGAGAUUGCCAUGCAGGAGAAGAGGAAUGGAGACAUUCAUGAUGAUGAUGAUCUUGGAAAGUCAGACAGUUCUUCUGGCAGCCUGGAUAGCUUUCAGAGCACCAGAGAUAUUGAGUCAAGAAUGAGGAGUGAAACCAGACUGAAGCUGUUCACAGUGGAUCCAGACACACAGAAACUGGACUUCUCAGGAAUAGAGCCGGAUGUUAAACAGUUCGAGGAGAAGUUUGGCAAGCGGGUUCUGGUCAACUGCAACGAUCUCUCAUUCAACCUGCAAAGCUGCGUGGCAGAGAACGAGGAGGGGCCGACUACAAACGUGGAACCUUUCUAUGUCACUCUGUCGCUGUUCGACAUCCAGAACGGCAGGAAAAUUUCCUCUGACUUCCAAGUUGACUUAAACCACCAGUCUGUCAGGGGAAUGGUUCCCAGUAACACCAGUCAGUAUGUGAACGGAGGAGGUGAAGCCAGAUCCGAGGGGCAGCGGUUUAUCCACGGGGUGCCAGAAGCAGCUUUGCUGUAUCCCAAACAGGGAGUGUUUUCAGUGACAUGCCCUCAUCCAGAUAUCUUCCUAGUGGCUCGCAUCGAUAAGGUGCUUCAGGGGGGAAUCAACCAUUGUGCCGAGCCAUACAUGAAGAGUUCAGACUCCACCAAGAUGGCACAGAAGGUCCUGAAAAAUGCCAAGCUGGCGUGUAGUCGAUUGGGUCAGUACAGGAUGCCCUUUGCCUGGGCAGCAAGAACUUUGUUCAAAGAUGCAUCUGGGACACUUGACAAAACUGCCCGCUUCUCAGCUCUGUACAGACAGGACAGCAACAAACUGUCCAAUGACGACAUGCUCAAAUUGCUGGCAGAUUUCAGAAAACCAGAGAAGAUGGCCAAGCUGCCUGUAAUCCUCGGAAACCUUGAUGUUACCAUUGACAGUGUUGCCCCCGACUUAACGAAUUGCGUUACCUCAUCCUACAUUCCUGUGAAGCAGUUUGAUGUCAGUGAGAGGAGCAGUGUGUUUUUCGAAGUGGAGGAGUUUGUGCCGUUCAUCGCCAAAUGUUCUCAGCCUUUCACUAUCUACAAUAAUCACCUCUAUGUCUACCCAAAGCACUUGAAAUAUGACAGCCAGAAGUCAUUUGCAAAGGCUAGAAACAUAGCUGUCUGCAUUGAGUUCAGGGACUCAGAUGAUGAAGAAGCUGUUUCACUUAAGUGCAUCUAUGGGCGACCUGGAGGACCCUUGUUUACCAAAAAUGCCUUUACCUCAGUAUUACAUCACCAGCACAACCCCGAAUUCUAUGAUGAAUUUAAGAUCGAGUUGCCAACACAGCUCCACGAGAAACAUCAUUUGCUGUUUACUUUCUACCAUGUGAGCUGUGACAGCAACAGCAAGGCCAGCACCAAGAAGAAAGAUGUGGUUGAAACUCAAGUGGGAUAUGCCUGGCUCCCUUUGCUGAAGGACGGCCGGGUGAUAAUGAAUGAACAUCACAUCCCUGUUGCUGCUAACCUUCCUGCUGGAUACCUCAGUUGUCAAGAGGGCGCCAGCAAGCAUUUGAGUCCUGAGGUCAAAUGGGUUGAUGGAGGAAAACACUUGUUUAAAGUGUCCACACACCUAGUGUCCACUGUGUACACUCAGGAUCAACAUUUGCACAACUUUUUUCAUCACUGUCAGAGUGUUGCAUCAGCAGCACAAGGACCUGGAGGAGAACUGGUCAAAUACCUGAAGAGUUUGCAUGCCAUGGAGAGUCACGUGAUGAUCAAGUUCUUGCCAACUAUCCUCAAUCAGCUGUUUAGAGUGCUGACCAGUGCCACACAGGAGGACGUAGCAGUAAAUGUUACAAGGGUCAUGAUUCACAUUGUAGCUCAGUGCCACGAGGAAGGCUUGGAACACUACCUUCGCUCUUAUGUGAAGUUUGUAUUCAGGACUGAGUCGUACACUUCCUCCACAACCCGAACAGUACACGAGGAGUUGGCGAAAGCCAUGACUGUAAUCCUGAAGCCUUCCACUGACUUCCUGACGAGUAACAAGCUGCUCAAGUAUUCAUGGUAUUUCUUUGAAGCCUUAGUCAAGUCCAUGGCUCAGUACUUGAUUGAAAGCUGCAAAGUGAGGUUGUCAAGGAAUCAGCGGUUCUCUGCAUCUUUUCAUCACACUGUGGAAACUUUGGUCAACAUGAUGAUGCCACACAUCACUCAGAAGUACAAAGACAACCUGGAUGCUGCUCGCAAUGCCAACCACAGCCUAGCUGUCUUCAUAAAGCGCUGCUUCAACCUGAUGGACCGAGGCUUUGUGUUUAAGCAGAUCAACAACUACAUCAAUGGCUUCAUGCCCGGAGAUCCAAAGACGCUGUAUGAGUUCAAGUUUGAGUUCUUACGCGUUGUGUGCAAUCAUGAACACUAUGUUCCCUUAAACCUGCCAAUGCCAUUUGGAAAAGGGAGGAUACUGAGGUUUCAAGAUGAUACAGUGGAGUCUGAUGAUACUCCAGUAGAUCUGCAGAUGGAUUACUCUCUGACAGAAGACUUCUGUAGGAACCACUUCCUGGUCGGGCUUCUGCUCAGGGAGGUCAGUGCUGCUCUGCAGGAGUUCAGGGAGAUUCGGCAGAUAGCCAUACAUGUCCUGAAGAGCCUCAUGAUUAAACACACAUUUGAUGACCGCUAUUCAUCCAAGAGCCAGCAGGCCAGAUUGGCCACCUUGUACUUCCCCUUGUUUGGUCUCCUUCAGGAGAACGUCAACAGGCUUAAUGUGAAGGAAGUCUCCCCAUUCCCUGUCAACCACUCCAACAAUAAUGGACGAGACGAUUCGCUCCUUUCAAAUGCCUUGAUGACGCCUCCUAGGUCCAGCACGUUUCUGGACACCAGCUUGCACAAAGAUGUUUUUGGAGCUAUCUCGGGUACAACUUCCCCUCAUGCAGUUUCCACCCCUAACGUGAACUCUAUGCGCCACACCGACUCUCGUGGCUCCCUCAUCAGCACAGAAUCAGUCAACAGCCUCCAUGAGAGGAACCAUGACAAAACCAAUUCUCUUGACAAGCAAAUGGAGAAGUUUGUAUGGAGACAUUCUGUCUGCCUGCUUCCCUUUGUGGAAACUGAGGACAUAGUGUGUCCUAUUCACACCAAGCGAGCCACCAUAGACCUCGCCCUGCUCACCAUCCCCUGCAUCCCAGAAAUCCAUCUGCAGCCCAUCAGAUCUCUUCAAAACCAACCUGCCUCGACCCUGGGAAGCACCUUGAUGCGAUGUGAUAAAUUGGACCAGGCAGAGAUCAAAAGCCUCCUCAUGUGUUUCUUACAUGUGCUUAAAGGCAUGUCUGAAGAUGCUCUGUUCACAUACUGGAACAAGGCUUCAUCUGCUGAACUGAUGGACUUCUUUAUCUUAAUUGAAGUGUGCCUCCAUCAGUUCAGAUACAUGGGGAAAAGAUACAUUGCAAGGAACCAGGAAGGGGCAGGACCCGUAGCACAUGAGCGGAAGUCUCAGACUCUGCCUGUGUCCCGUAACAGGGCGGGAAUGAUGCAUGCCCGCUUACAGCAGCUCAGCAGCCUGGAUAACUCAUACACUUUUAACUACACCUACAGUCACUCCGAUGCGGAUGUGUUGAACCAGUCACUCCUGGAGGCCAACAUCGCCACUGAAGUGUGUCUAACAGUCCUGGACACACUCAGCAUCUUCAUCAUGGGCUUUAAGACACAACUUUGCUCUGACCACGGCCACAGCCCACUGAUGAAGAAGGUGUUUGAAGUUCAUCUCUGCUUCCUGCACAUCAAUCAGUCUGAAACAGCCCUGAAGCAGGUCUUCACAUCACUGCGCACUUUUAUUUACAAGUUCCCGUGCACAUUUUUUGAAGGCCGUGCAGAUAUGUGCGCAGCCUUCUGCUACGAGAUUCUGAAAUGUUGCAACUCCAAGCUGAGCUCCAUUCGUAGUGAUGCAGCCCACCUGCUGUAUUUUCUCAUGAAGAGCAACUUUGACUACACAGGUCGCAAGUCCUUUGUCAGAACACACCUGCAGGUGGUGAUUGCUGUCAGUCAGUUGAUCGCUGAUGUGAUCGGUAUUGGAAGCACCCGCUUCCAGCAAUCUCUGUCAAUAAUCAACAAUUGUGCCAACAGUGAUAGAACUAUCAAGCACACAGCUUUCCCAUCAGAUGUGAAGGACUUGACAAAACGCAUCAGGACCGUUUUGAUGGCCACAGCUCAAAUGAAGGAGCAUGAGAGAGAUCCAGAAAUGCUAGUGGACCUGCAGUACAGCCUUGCCAAGUCGUACGCCAGCACCCCCGAGCUGCGAAAGACCUGGCUGGACAGCAUGGCCCGAAUCCAUGUGAAGAAUGGAGACCUAUCAGAGGCAGCCAUGUGUUACGUUCAUGUUGCAGCCCUCGUGGCAGAAUACCUCCGGAGAAAAGGUGCUUCAGUUGUUUCUGAUGAAAAUGCUUUUGAUCCAGUUGUUCGAUUUGUCAUUAGAAAGUUUCUACUUAUACUAACAUCUCUCCUCCUGUCUUAUGUAGGAAUGUUCAAGCAGGGCUGUUCAGCUUUCCGAGUUGUAACCCCAAACAUUGAUGAAGAAGCAGCAAUGAUGGAGGAUGUUGGGAUGCAGGAUGUGCAUUUUAAUGAGGACGUUUUAAUGGAGCUUUUGGAGGAGUGUGCAGACGGCCUGUGGAAAGCAGAGCGCUAUGAGCUCAUCUCAGACAUCUAUAAACUCAUAAUCCCAAUUUAUGAGAAGCGAAGGGACUUUGAGAAACUGGCCCACCUGUAUGACACACUGCAUCGUGCAUACAGCAAAGUGACGGAGGUGAUGCAUACAGGCAAGAGGCUGCUGGGGACGUACUUCAGAGUGGCUUUCUUUGGUCAGGGUUUCUUUGAGGAUGAAGAUGGUAAGGAGUACAUCUAUAAAGAGCCCAAGUUCACACCCCUGUCUGAGAUCUCCCAGAGGCUCCUGAAGCUUUACUCUGACAAGUUUGGACAGGAGAACGUGAAGAUGAUUCAGGAUUCUGGACGGAUUAAUCCCAAAGACCUGGACUCAAAGUACGCAUAUAUCCAAGUAACCCACGUGACUCCAUACCUGGAUGAGAAAGAGCUGGCUGACAGAAAGACAGAGUUUGAAAAGAGCCACAACAUCCGGCGAUUUGUAUUCGAAAUGCCAUUCACAAUAUCUGGCAAAAAGCAAGGUGGAGUGGAGGAGCAGUGCAAACGCAGGACGAUACUCACCACAACACACUGUUUUCCCUACGUGAAGAAGCGCAUCGCAGUGAUGUACCAACACCACACCGACCUGAGCCCCAUCGAGGUGGCCAUCGAUGAAAUGAGCAAAAAGGUGGCCGAGAUCAACCAGCUGUGCUCCUCCAGCGACGUGGACAUGAUCCGUCUGCAGCUCAAACUGCAAGGCAGCAUCAGUGUCCAGGUAAAUGCAGGACCACUUGCAUACGCCAGAGCUUUUCUGGAUGACUCGAGCGCCAAGAAGUAUCCAGAUAACAAGGUCAAGCAGCUCAAAGAGGUCUUCAGGCAUUUUGUGGAGGCCUGUGGCCACGGCUUGGGCAUUAAUGAGCGACUGAUCAAAGAGGACCAGCAGGAGUACCACGAUGAGAUGAAAGCAAACUACAGGGACUUGACCAGAGAGUUGUCCAUCAUCAUGCACGAGCAGAUCAUUCCGGUGGAAGACGGCAUGAAGAGCGUGCUCCCCGACUCGCUUCACAUCUUCAACGCCAUCAGUGGCACGCCAACCUCUGUCACCAUCCAGGGCAUCCCGCACUCGGCGUCAGUGAUAUAAUCCAGUUCUGGAUGUGAGCACUGUAUGCUCACCAUUGAGGCCAGCUUAGAUCUGUCAGCUUAUUGCUUGGAAGAUGCUGGGACCGUAGAUAACUCUGACUCUCUGUGUUGCACUCUGGUCCACUCAGACAACCAUGAUUUGUGACUCUGUGCUCAGGGUGGGUGUGUGAGAAGCUAGGCCCAACAAGAAAAGUAACACUGCAGCAGAGACUUUCAUCUGGCAAAAAAAACACACUUUCUGUUGAAAUGUAUGUUUCACCUGUUUCUACCUAAAGACUGAACACUAUUUCUAUGGAGACAUUCCUGUUGGGAUUUUUAAAAUAUGCAUGUCACUACAUCACCCCUCCCCGACAGCCCCUAGUUAUUGUUUUCUUUUUUUUUUUAUCAUGUUUAGUGUUUUUAUGUACAGUAUUUCACUUUUAUAAGCCACUGUAUUGAUGUCUUGAUAAAUAUAUGCUGCAAACAUCGACGCUUCUCUGUCUGGACAUAAAGUUACAUUUUCAGAAAAGGCUUUUUUUUUUUUGCAAAACUCCUCUGAAUUAUUGUUAGAUUAAAUCUGUUUUUAUUAGGAGGUUGUUUUUUUUAGAUGUAUUUAAAGCCAUUGCAAACAAAAAGUAUAUUGCAAGUUGUUUAUUGAUGUACAUACAAAGGACUGUGUGCAAUAUUUGCAAAGCAUCUUGCUGGGUGGAGAUCAAACACUGUAAUGAUUAUGUUCACCUUUUUGCCAAAGCGAUGAGGUGUGGGGAAAAGACACUAUGCCUACUGUGGAAGAAAUAUGAAGCUUAUACUAUUUUAUGUUUUUCUUUUUUAUUGUUUAAGAAAAAUGUCUUAUAUUUGAGCAGCAUUUUUUAAUAUUUAACACAAAUCACUGUUCUGCUGUAAACAGAGAUAUUCCCUAAUGCUUAUCUUUUAAAUAAAAGCACUCAUUUCUUUGCA